AUGGACAAAUGGAAAAUUAUAAACGGCCCGUCUGAAGGAUACGAAGUGUUACGUCGCCGAAUUUAUUCAAACACAAAAGAAUUUUGGUACUACGUAAGUUUUUCGUUACAAUCGUUGGCUAACGAAAUCAAAGAUUUAGAACCGACAAUUUCUCAUAUGAAAAUAAUGGUCGACGAACACUAUAGAUCAUUAUUGAGAGACRUCGCAAAGCUGGCCGAUGUCGAUGGUUAUUCACAGUGGAGGUGGAAAGAAUUUGACUCUUUGAGUAAACUAGUCGAAAAGAGAAUUCAACAUACGCAGAAUCCACCCGACUGUGCCAAAGCUAAAAAGCUUCAGUGUAAUUUCGUCGAGUUUGUUUGCCCCCAAAGGAAUUGUUGUGGAUAUGGAUGUCGUGUACACCAUUUUGUCAAGUGCUUGAUUGUCGCCUACGCCACUGAGAGGACAAUGAUUAUAGGCAUAAUAAACUAUAACUUGCCCGAACACGCUGCCAAGCAUUUAAAUCCUCCUUACAUUCCGGUCGUGUUGCCUGAGGACUUAGCUAAACGAAUAAACGUUUUGCACGGCGAUCCCGCUGUAUGGUGGAUAGGACAGUUCUUUAAAUACAUCUUCCGGCUGCAACCAACCACUAGCAAAGUAUUUGACGAAUUUGCCAAGCGAGUGCAUUUCAAAAAACCAAUUGUCGGUGUGCAUAUCAGACGAUCCGACAAACUCCUCCUUGAAGCUUCGUUCCACAAACUCGAAGAAUAUAUGUAUCACGUUGAAGAAUAUUACAAACUCAAGGAAUUAAACGGCGAAUACUACACGAAACGAAUUUAUUUGGCAACUGACGAUGCAACACUGUUUAAUGAAGCUCGACUUAAAUAUCCUGAAUACGAUAUUAUCGGAGAUCGAGAAAUAUCCAAAACUGCAGGGAUCCUUARUAAACGAGAGUUGGACAGUUCGAUUAUGGAUAUCAUCACCGACGUAUAUUUUCUAUCUCAUCACUGUGACUACUUAGUUUGUACUUUUUCGUCAAAU